AUGCGGGCGUCCAUGACAUACGCAUUUGGGAGGCUUAGUGGUCUAGGCAAUCUGACAUGGCACGAGUCGGAUAUUGGAGGUGGGCUGAUGGUUGGAAACCCUUCCAUUUCCAUCAAGGUAUCAUCCUACAUGUGCUCGCUCCGCAGGCGCAAGGUGCAAGCGGGCGAGGUUGCAAACAGUGCCCGGGCUAUUACCUCGGAAAUAUUGCUAAAACUGUAUCAUUACAACCACCUCCCUGAAAAUUGGACCAUUCGUGCCUACCAGCCUGGCGAGCGCGUGCGUGGUGGCUCUGGUAAUGACCUGAGUCGAUGGGGUGGUGGGCGUGUACGGCGGCUUCUGUCAGCUGCCUAUACUGUGGCAUUCAUAUGCAUGCUUCGUUUUGACGAGGUUCUGAAGAUACAGGUACACGAUCUUCGCGUGCACGAUACCCAGAUAGUGCUACACCUUCCCUUCCGCAAAACUCAUCAAAAUGGCGUGAGAGCACUUGCUGCCUGGCUGAAGGAGUCGAAAGUCACGUCGGGCUACCUCUUUCGAAAGAUUGCUUCAGGUGACCGAAUCUCAGAGGCCAAUAGUCCCAUGUCCUCUGAGCAGUUCCUGGAGCUUUUUCGGAACAACCUCCUCGAUGUUGACAUCGACCCUACUCCAUAUGGCACACAUUCGUUCCGGAGGGGGGGGCGUUGGUCACUGCGGAGAAUCUGCGAGUGGGGAGGGUGGAGUGUGGAAUUUACGAACAUGACAAUCGUGAAGUAUCUCAUUUCUUCGAAUGAUGAUCCCACUGAGCCAAGGGAGCAAUUCCUGAACCCUAACAGACGGCCGAUGGUGAAGUGCUCUCAGUGCGGGAGAUGCUGUUCCUGUGGCUAA